GACUCGCGCUCGAGAGUCCCGCCCAUCAAAACGGCAUCUACUACCUAAAGCAGGAAGCAAAACACACUUUACAGCCACCACACACACAACGACGGUACGGAGGGAGCAGCAGCGUCCGUCCGCGCGCACACGUUGCUGUUGGCAGCAUGGGACAGCACCUGGUGAAACGCGAAGUUUCAACUGAGACCAAGGCUUUGUCAGACUCAGCAACACGAACCAUGGCAGAAACAGAGUCACAGGACGAUGUUUUCGGCCUGCAUGAACCAGAUGUCAACCAGAACAAAGACUGCUCCAGCAAGAGCACAGGAACAACCGCCUCUUCGGCUUCGCCCAGCGAAGACCAGGCCAAUCAGGAGGAUCCCAACUUAACGGAGCCACGCCCACACUUGGUCCGCCUCUUCUCCCGAGAUGCCCCGGGCCGAGUGGACAACACCUUCAAAGACCGGCCUUCAGAAUCGGACGAGCUGCACACCAUACCGGAGGCUGGAGCCGGACUGGAAAACGCAGAGCAGGACACUGACUAGAUUAGCUCAUUCCCACGGGCCCUUGCCCUCCCAUCACUAUCUACCGAGAGAUACCAACUCUAAACACUCUGAUAAACCUCGCUACUGCGCAGCACAGCACCAAAAACCAAGUAAACGAGCCCAACAUGGCAUCA